CGACGUUCUACACCCGAUGCUUGCAACAGCUCCCAAAAUUAAAUGUCACUGAUGCAGAACAAUGAAAGCCCCAGCCAGCAAACUGGAUAAAGGAUUUAAAUUAUAUGCUGCAUCAUAUAUACACAACUAUGAAGGUUGUCAGGCGAGGUCAGCGUGAGAGCCUGGUGCUACAGGUCAAUGAGGAAGAGUGAGGCACCACACAGAUUAAGUAUUAAGCUUCUGGAUUCAUCACCAGUGGCGCUGACAUAUAGCCGGUGCUCCUGUGUGGCAGGCACUGUUAUGUGCAAUCACACAGUGGCACUGCUCUUCCAAACAGCACACUACUCAGAACUCAGAGUGCCUGUUGUCCCUCCUGUCCAUAGCUGCACCAAAUCUGAACAGCAAUGCCACAAGCCACGCACAAUGGGUGUGAAGCCAGGACCCAUCAACUCUAUGGUCUUCACUAAGCCGGUACCAAAUAGGAUGGUCCAGACUGGAGUACGGAGUGGAUUCUAUAGAGGCAUGGUGGGUCCGUUACCAGAUCCCUGCAUAUUCAGAAUAACAGAGGCAUAUGCAGAAUUUAAAAUUGAGGACAGGCCACUUGUGACCACGAUGAACAUGAGACCUGAUAAGCCCCUUGUGGAAAGUGCCUUUGGCCUGGUGCAGGAGGGCAGUGUUCUAUCAUAUCAGCAGCCAGUUUUGAAAUCCCGGUACAUCACACUACACCAUGAUGCACCACCAACACCACACUUGCCUCUGGAGGGUUUCGACAUCUUGCCAUUAGACUGUGCGUUUGUGUGCUCAGAAGAGGAGCUCCUACGUCUCAAGAGCUUGUCUGUAACUCUGGAAAUGGCUCAGAAAACAGAAGCAGCUACACGUGAGCAAAGUUCCAGCUCUGAGUGGCAUCUUCUCCGCAGGCCCAGAGUGCCUCCAGGUUUCGCGAAGUGUGACAUGUCAGAGGCCAGAGCUCUGCCGAGCGCAUCAUGAAGGGAACAAGGCAAACAGCAGACAUGAGGAGAGGUGCUGAGAUGGAGCCGGCAAUAGCAACUGAGUACAGUAAGCUAAUGAAUGUAAACUACUCACCCUGCGGUCUAGUCAUUCACCCCACUGCCCCCUGGCUUGCUGCGUCUCCUGAUGGUGUUGUAUUUGACCCCAAUGAAUACCCCCAGUUUGGUCUUGUUGAGUUCAAAUGCCCAAAUGUACAAAACUUUAUUGACUGCAAAUAUGUACAAAUAGACUCUGGUUCUCCUGCACUAAAGAAGAGCCAUGCAUAUUACUGGCAGGUACAAGGACAACUGCUCAUCAGCGGGAUGGAGUGGUGCAACACAGGAGGACUACCUUGUGCAGAGAAUAUACACAGAUGCAGAGGUGCAAAGAGCAAUCAGAGAACAAGCUGACCAUUUCUUUUUCUACACAUAUAUGCCAAGAUACCUGUGUCUGAAAAAUGAACA